AUGGCGGCGUAUGGAGUGGAGGUUACCUUUGCCAUCAGAAAUGCUCGUUUCUACGCUUCUGCCGAUGGUGUUCGUAUCCGAGUGUUCAGUUUGGAUAAGGAAAUGGAAAUUAUCGAGCAAGUAGCCGAAACAGAGACGGUUUAUGGGCAAUCUGACUCAUUUUUCAAAGAUAAAUUAAGUCUAAACUUUAGAUUUGAAAAGAUGCAAAGGUUUCGAGCGAUUAUCUACGUCCUCAACUCCUCCACCAACACUGUAAUGGGCUCUAUGGGCACCGCGGAUUUCGAUAUUUCAAUGAUGUUUGCUUGUGGAGGACGUCUCUCCCUCCCUAUAACCUCUUCUCUGUCUACAAUAACUUUGGAAAUUUCUGGAAGGAUUCCAGAAUAUUAUUCUCAAUUUCUAAGGCUGAAAUUCCACGGGAACCAUAUUCACAGUCCAGAUGGACUGCCCCUUCAGCUAUAUUUUAUUUUAUCAAUCCCGGCGGAAGAGAGAACCCUGAUGCUUCAUAAAUCGGAAAUGUUGAAGGAUUCCAAGAAUCCAGAAUGGUCAGAUUUUCGAAUUCCUCUAUUUUUGCUCAAUUAUUUCAACGAAUCCUCCAUUCAAAUCCACGUCUACAACUAUACACCGAAUCACGAUGAUUCUCUAGUGGGACACUGCACGACGACGUUGACACAGUUACAGCAGGGAGUCGGACAUUUCAAUUCGUAUAUGCUCAUGGAGCCCAGUGGAAAACGAAUACAUGAGAAGACAAAUGUGGAGUUGAAAGAAAUGAAACUGGAAAAUGAUGGACCGAAUUUCUUCAAAAUGCUGGAAAAUAACAUAAAACUGCAACUAACCACGGCCAUCGACCUAACAGCUUCGAAUGGGAAUCCAGUGAGUUCGAAUUCUCUCCACUAUAUCCAUCCUCAUCAACCAUCUGCCUACCUGGAAGCUCUUCUUCAAACCACACCCCCUCUUCUUGCCUAUCUUCCGAACCCCCAGAAUCCUUUUAUAGGAUCCCUAGGGUUUGGAGCAAAGGUUCAGGGUCCUGGAGGUGCUCUUCAGCUGUCACAUUGCUUUUGUUUGAACGGUGCUCCAACAGAUCCACGUGUCGAAGGCUUAGCAGGUCUGAUCAGUUCCUAUCGGCAAGCGACAAUGGGAUUACAGCCAUUUGCGCCCACUGAUUUCUCAGAAGUCAUUUAUUUUGUGUCCAAAUUUGCCAAAGCUGAAACUCGCCGCCACGUGGGACUAUAUUUCAUCCUUCUCAUAUAUUCUGAUGGCGGUCCGGCCAACGCGCUCAACAUGAAACGAACGAUAGACGCCGUUGUGGAUGCGUCGGCUCAUCCGAUGAGUAUAGUGGCCGUUGGAGUAGGUCAGGAUCGGGAUCACAGUCCGAUGAGGAAUCUGGAGAAGUUGACGUUGAAACAUUCAGAUGGGCGGUUGUUGGUUAGGCAGAACUACACAUUCAUUGAAGCCGCCUUGGAGACUUCCGACGCGUUGGCAAUGAUUCCUGUCCAAAUGACCAAAUGGAAAGAAAUGUUC